GGAGAGCGGGGAAACAGGACGGAGGGCUGUGGGCGGGGCAUACGGAGAGCGGGGAAACAGGAAGGAGGGCUGUGGGCGGUACUUGUGCGGGUUCGGGAGAAAAUUUUCAAAAUGUCUGGCCGGUCAGCGCCUAUGAUUUCUUUCAGCUCUGUGGAUAACUCCCUGUCAUCUCUGAAAAGCUGUCAGGGGUACCUGAGCACAGGAAUGGAUAUCACGGCUAGUGUGGCCCUCGACCUGCUCGAGACUGGAUGCGAAUCCACUGAGGUAGAUGCCCUGGAAUCAGCGAUGCUGGAAUAUGCAGAGAUGGAGAGAGAUUUAAACCAGUACAUACAUGCAGUGGAAGAAACUGUGCAAAAGUUAAGACGAGAGCAAAUAGAACAAGUCCCCGAUCUCCUGUCUCAGGUGCAAGAGAAAUAUGCUACAAUACAGGGAAAAAACACAGAUGAAGACUUGAAAAAAAAUGGCCGAUUUGUUCAGUUUAAAGAUCAGCUUAGAGAAAUGAGAAAGCAAAUGGGAGAGAAAGAGGAGGGAGAAGGAGCCUUUGAAAACGUUGAUGAAGACAUAGCUGUAAUGCCAAGCCAGCAGAACUUCACAUGCCCAAUUACACAGAUGAAAAUGACAAACCCGGUGAAAAACAAAGUAUGCGGUCACACCUAUGAGAAGGAGGCCAUAGAAAGGAUAAUUCAAGACAAGCACCAGAGGAAGAAGAGGGCUACGUGUCCUAUAAUUGGCUGCGACCACUCUGACAUGCAGUUAUCGGAUCUUGGGCCAGACACCCUGCUUAAAAGGGCCAUUGACGUCCAGAACAAACAGAAAGGCCACCAUUGAGCAAAAGAAGUCAGCUGGCUGCGUUCCUUCCCGAAGAGAAAAGCUGGUUAAGUGUCUCGUGACAUGGAGUGCAGAUUGCAAACACGUUGUGUAAUUCUUUGUUUUUGUAAAGGGCUGUAUUUGCCUGCAGAGUUGAAUCCUGUCAGACUGUGUGUGUAUAGGGAAAUGCCAUAUAUACUGAUACCACCCUAGGCUUCCUAAGUUGGCCAUACACAGGCAGAGUUCAGCUGUCUAUUUGGCAGCCUAUCUCCCCAUGUAUAGGCACCCCUGACGGGCCUACCCAGCCAGUAUCUACCCUACAAUUGGCCAGAUCUCGAUCUGGCAGGUUUAAUUUUUCUUUGGAUCAGCUAGUUGAUGCAGUCCAACGCAUCCAUCGAGAUCUGACCAAUUGUAGGGUAGAUACUGGCUGGUGUAGGCCCGUCAGGGGUGCCCAUACACGGGGAGAUAGGCUGCUGAAUCGACAGCUGAACUCUGCCUGUGUAUGGCCAACUUACAAGACCAAGGGUGGUAUCAGCAUAUAUGGCAUUUCCCUAUACACACAGUCUGACAGGCUUCAACUCUGCAGGCAAAUACAGCCAAAUGAUCCAAUUAGUCCAAUAUCAACCACCAUAGGUGGGCAAAUUGGAAGAUGAUCUGCUCAUUUUGCAACCUUGCCGAAUGAGCAGAUCGCACAGUGUCUGGCCACCUUUAGCCAUUCUCAUUAAACACAAAGGCUUUUCUAGUUAUUUCUCCUUAGUGCAGGACUGGACUACCUGCUGGUUGGUAGAUGAUGUAUUACAACUCUUGAGUAUCCACCAAGGACCUCUGGCUGAUUAUUGGAUGCUUUGCUUUACUCUCUACAGGUUGCCUAUUUCUACUGUAGAUGAUUUCUGUUCUGGAAAUUACAUUUAUUAAAAUCCUUCCUCGUUAUUGGCUGAUCAUAUCUGCUCACCAGUCCACCAAGACCAACUGACCAACCAGAAUGGGGUGUUUAUCAUUGGCAAGCAGCCUGUUCCCAUUGGCGGGUCAGGUCUGGCAGCUGUGCACUGCACUACAACUACACUUAAUGUGGGAGGGUUUCGGAGGCAAAAACUAGGGGUUCCAAAGGGGGACAAAAACUAGGAAUUCCAAAACUAGGGGUUCAGGUCCCAGGCAGGUGGGUAGGAGGCAAACAGGUGAGUAGGGCUUUUUGGACACCGAAGGUUAUAUUUAGGGUAAAUGUUUAAUAGCCCAACAAUUGUGCCUUACCAGAUGUUGGAGCACAGUGGCUCUCAUUAAAAUGUUUAAAAUGUUACAUAUACUAUUAUUGUUAAUAAAAUAAUUGUGUUUGCAUAUGUGUUUUGUUUCCUGUUGAAAUAAACCUUUAUUUUCAAUA